CCGGAGCUCGUCCCCUCGGGCUGCCGGGAAAGCGCCUUCAUGAGCCCGGAGGAUGUCCGGGAAGCACUACAAAGGGCCCGAAGUCAGCUGCUGCAUCAAGUAUUUCAUCUUCGGCUUCAAUGUCAUUUUCUGGAUGGGGAAAACUGUUACUGUUACUGGUCCCUCCUCUUCUCACUACUGGUACAGAGCUUCUGAUUACCUUCAGCACUCAUGGAAAAAAUAGAUAAGGACCAGUUUCUGGGCAUAGCGUUUCUUGGAAUUGGAUUGUGGGCAUGGAAUGAAAAAGGAGUGCUGUCCAAUAUCUCUUCCAUAACUGACCUGGGAGGUUUUGAUCCAGUUUGGCUCUUCCUUGUGGUAGGAGGAGUCAUGUUCAUUUUGGGGUUUGCAGGAUGCAUUGGAGCUUUGCGAGAAAAUACCUUCCUUCUCAAGUUUUUUUCUGUGUUCCUGGGAAUUAUUUUCUUCCUGGAGCUUACUGCUGGUGUUCUGGCAUUUGUUUUCAAAGACUGGAUCAAAGACCAGCUGUAUUUCUUUAUAAACAAUAACAUCAGAGCAUACAGAGAUGACAUUGAUUUGCAAAACCUAAUAGACUUCACACAGGAAUAUUGGCAGUGCUGCGGAGCCUUCGGCGCCGACGACUGGAACCUCAAUAUUUACUUCAAUUGCACAGAUUCCAACGCGAGCCGAGAGCGCUGCGGCGUGCCAUUUUCAUGCUGUACUAAAGAUCCUGCCGAAGAUGUCAUUAACACUCAGUGUGGCUACGAUGCCAGGCAAAAACCAGAGGUUGAUCAGCAGAUUGUUAUCUACACUAAAGGUUGUGUCCCCCAGUUUGAGAAAUGGCUGCAGGACAAUCUUACUAUAGUUGCCGGGAUCUUCAUCGGGAUUGCGUUGUUGCAGAUAUUCGGGAUAUGCUUAGCCCAGAACUUGGUUAGUGACAUUGAGGCUGUCAGAGCCAGCUGGUAAAACUGCUGAAAUAACCGCCACAAGACACUGGACAACUGAAAACCUCCAAUCCCUCCAGUGUGUCACUCCGACACCAAGCUGUAUGGACAUGGGUGACAGGGAAGCCUUCUUUCCCAAGCAGGCUCAAGUAUACGCUGCUGGUAUUUGCAGUGAACCCUUGUUGGCUAAGGGGUGGGCUGUUUAAAAUCUGCUGCUCACUGACAAUUUUUUAAAAAUCAUCAGUUUGAAAGCUGUUGAGCCAUGAAUCUCUGCUGUAUCCUUGAUUCUGAAUAAUAGGUGGACUCUCUUUUUUAAUUGGUAUAUGUCAAUGGGACAGAGUUGCAUUGUGGUUUGUGGAUAUGCUGUCUGUUCUCCAUGUCACAAGCUCUUUGAUAGCUGCCAAAUGUUCCUGAGAAUGUUUCUUUCUUCAGUACACUCUAGAGGAAUCAUCUUCAUAUUUUCCACGGUUAAACAUAGCUGCAGGUCUUUCUGAAACUGAUCUCAUCAAACAUUAAACAACUUUCCACUCAUCAAUUGUAUAUUUCAAGAAAUUGUUUUAAAAACAAGGAAAAACUUUUAUGCAAGCACUUCCAGACUUUCUGUCUGUAAUAAUUUGUGGUUGGAAUCAGCAAGAUCAAGGGGAUAAUUAUUUAAAUUUGCCAGCAUCUUUCUCCAAGCAAGAAUGGAACACUUAAGGUUUGGGGAACUCAGGUGUAUAAUGUUUAAAAGACAAUGAAAUAUAUGUUAAUUAAAAAAAAAAGUAAAAAAAGUAUCCAAAUACCCUCACUAUAUCCAUUGAUUCUUUGGAGUUUGGCAUAACCUGAUGUAUUUGGGCCUGUCACUAAUAUUAGUGCUUUGUUAUAAUUAUACACAAUUUCUUUUAAGAUGUAUCCUUGAUCCAUUCCUAGCUGAAGCUUAGAUUGCCUUUUUCUUUUUAAAAAUGUUUUUGCCUGCAUGAGCUAUGGAGUUAGAAUCUGAGAGAUUCUGAUUCUAAUUCCCUGCAUAUGUUUCAAUAGGCUUGUAAUCCAAAUUCACAUAUUUAUUGGUAGAUGCACUUGUUUAUGGGAACUUCCUAUCCUCUUGUCUUGAAAGGGGGAAAGAACAACAGCUUUGCUAUAGUAAAUGCUUGCCUGAAGUCAUCAGUUUUUCAUUUGCUUGUCUGUGUGUGUUUCCCAUCCUGCUUUUCUCUGUCUGAAUACAACAAAACACUUUCUUGAGCCAAUAGAAUAAAAUAUUAUUUUCAAGCAAGAAAAGUGUAUUGGGACCAACAGAGACACGUUUGGUCCUUUGGAAAAGGACAAAGCAGUAGAAUUUGGACUACAGCACCAGUACUGGGAGGCAAGAUAAGUCAAAACUCCAUCUAGGUGUAUGUGAUGAGCUUUUAUUUCAUGUGAUCAGGCACCCAACAAUAAUUAGGGUAGUUAGUGCAGUUCAUAUACUUUUAGCUUGCCUGAUGGCCCUGCUUAAUGUCUGUGGGCCCAAUCCUGCAGGGGCUAACUGCCUUCUGCUCUUGCUUCCUUCAAGAAGUUGUUGAAGGUGCUUAGUAUCCAUCAGGAGGUGUUUUAUCACCAUUCAGGACUGGCCUCAAGUGUCCCCUAAGGUGAAUAAGAUAAGAGAAGAAAUAGUAAACACGUUUUCUUUCAAAUCAGUAUAUUAAUCUCACUUCUGAGAGAUACAGCGUAUGAGUGUAUAAACAAUCUCACACGCUUUCUUUCUGUGCUCUGGUUCUGUUUCUGGUUGUGUGGAGACAACCUGUGUUUCUAACCCCAAAGGCUGGCAAGACACACCAAUAUUCAGUGGCUUGGAAGAGCUGACCAGUGCAGUGGCACUCUUUUAUUUGGUGUUUCCUCAGCCUCCAGUGAGCUCCGCCUGACCUGUAGCAGGCAACACCCACGCCUUUGGCGUGUGCUGUUAAAGAUCAACAGCAACUUCACAGGAUUUUUUUAAACACUGAAAGCGUUUAAAAUGCACUAUCCCUAAUAAAGGUGAUUCACUUUCA